AUGGCUCAGGCAGACGUGUGGGCCAAGCCAAAAACGUCGCCCACUCAGCGGAGGAGUCAAUGGGACGAGUUAAGAUUCCCCCUCGUCUUCGCCGGCUCCUCGUUCCUAUAUAAAGCUCCGUGGAGCAGCUACAGACUGUGGGACGAAGAGCUGGAGCGGUCUGCCACGCACUGGGCGGAGGAGUGCCAGUGGGAGCACGGACCCCAAGACCUGCUCAUGUCCAUCGGACAGAACCUGGCCGUGCACUGGGGCAGGCACCGCUCCCCCACUUACCACGUCCAGGCCUGGUAUGACGAGGUGAAGGACUACACCUACCCCCACGCUCACGAGUGCAACCCCUGGUGCCCCGACCGCUGCUCUGGACCCAUGUGCACCCAUUACACCCAGCUGGUGUGGGCCACUACCAACAGGGUGGGGUGUGCGGUCCACGUGUGCCCGAGAAUGGACGUCUGGGGAGAGGUCUGGCAGAACGCCGUGUACCUCGUCUGCAACUAUUCCCCAAAGGGGAACUGGAUCGGAGAAGCCCCUUACCAACACGGCCGCCCGUGCUCCCAGUGCCCACCCAGCUACGGAGGGCGUUGCCAGAACAACCUUUGCUACAAGGGAGACUCACAGCGCCCUGAAACGGAUUACUCGAACGAAGUGGAGAAGCCCCAGGUCCCGGUCAGGCCCCCGGUGACAACGACCGCCAAACCCGCCCCCAAACCCAAACCGGUGGCCCCCAAGCGGCCGUCUACACCGAAGAAGCCUCCCACAACCAGGAGGCCACCAACCGGCAAACCAGCCGCCUCCACCUUCCUGGUUCAGAACAUAAAGUGUGAGACUAAGGUGAGGGACAAAUGCAGAGGACCAAUGUGCAACAGAUACAACUGCCCCGCGAACUGCAUGAACAAGAAGGGCAAAGUGUGGGGGACACUCUUUUACGACGUGCAAUCCAGCAUCUGCCGGGCCGCAAUGCAUUAUGGGAUCAUCGAUAACAGCGGCGGUCUGGUGGACAUCACCCGGAAAGACAGGCUCCCGUUCUUCAUUAAGUCGACAAAGAACGGGAUUGAAUCCUUCAGCAAGUUCAAGACGGGGAACGCGUUCACGGUGGCCAGAGUGGAAGAGAUGUCAGUGGACUGCUACGCCUCGGUGGACGAGAUCUGCCCUUUCGGGAAAGUUCAAGCCAACUGCCCCAGGGUGUUCUGCCCCAGUAACUGCAAGAGCCAGCCGUCCUACUGGGCCCCUGUGGUGGGGAACAACUUCUACGCAGACAGCUCCAGUAUCUGCAAGGCAGCCAUCCACGCUGGCGUGAUCAAACCUGAGGGUGGGUACGUGGACGUCCUGGCCCUGGAGAAGAAGAGGAGCUACACUGGAUCUCUGAAGAACGGCAUCCAGUCAGAGAGCAAGAGCAACCUGGAGGGAGGCGCGUUCCGCGUGUUCACCGUGAGGCAGUGAGACAUCACGCGCAACGCACGGGGGCCAUCCGGUCCACACACAGGGUCUCCCUGUCCACUCUGCAUGGACAGGAAGUGCACACAGGUCAUCGCCAUGGCAAUUAAUCAGACCCCCCCCUGCCCCCCCUCCCUGUCACAACACGCCCGCCCACCGAAGGGGUGGAGCUUCACUGCGCCUCUUGGACAUUUUGAUCAGUCAAUAAUGUCGGUUUUACAACACAAGAGGAAAGUAGAAAAAGGCCUUUUUUAUUAUUAUUAUUUGUAUAGAUUUGGUGUUGAUAUUUUUUAUGCCAAUAUAAGAACAUAUGCAAAAUGCUGUACAGUAUCAAUGAUGAUUUUAAUAGCGGUGCUGGUAUACCCGUCGUGAAGUGUAGGUUGUAGGGUUAAAAAAAAAAAGCGAAUGUCUUGUCAUUUAUAUAUUUAUACAUCAUUUUUUAUUUACAGAAGUAAAUGAUUGAUCUCGUACACAGGAAUGUAAAUUGAUCACACUUUAAUCAUUUUGUACAUAUUUAAUGUGAUAUAUUUGAUCUUUUCAGUACAUGUUAUACAGUAUAUGUUUAAACCAUUAUUUGUAUUAUUUGUAUUAUUAUAAUUUUUUUGGGGGGCUAUACAUGUCUUGCCAUUUGCUUGUUAAGAUAUUUUGAUUCCAGGGUGAACACACAAACAUCCAGGUGCCUUUCCCAGUUUUAAAGUUUUAAAGCGUUUAAAGGUACAAUAGGUAAGAUUUUUGUGUUAAAACAUUGUUACAAGACCAUUGUAAAUCCCUUCCUAUCAUUGAAAAAGUCUCACUGACAUGUUGACUCACCCUCUGCCUGUGUUUAUAGUCCUUAAAUUUGGGUUUCAAAAUAUGCAGUUUGUACCAAACCAUUGUAUAACUACAAUAAUUCAAGCUCAUUGGUUGAAAAUUGGUUCUAAUUGCCACAGCCAACGGCGUUUCAACAUCAGUGCGUUUACAGAGAAGGGGUGGGGAUAAACAGUGUUGUGGUUUGAGCGUGUUUGUUGCUGCUAUUCCUCUCUUGACCGUGAGAAGUCCGAGAUUACCUAUUGUACCUUUAAAACCAGAAGUUGUGAACGAGGUGGAGAACAAAUAGAGCUGCUGCUUCCAUUUCUCGUACUUUGCAGAAUUAAAGAAGAAGAACAUCUGCACAUUGUCUGUGCAAAUUUCACAAAUGCUUAUUAAAUUACUAACCGUGCCGAAUACGGGAAACUCCGAUAGAUGGAUGCAUAUGUAGAAUAGUGUUUGUUUCAACAAUACUGUGUCUUCUUCUGAGUGUACUAAACCUAGUCCCCCCCCCCCCCACACACACACACACACUACUUCUGUGCAGCUCAGUUGUAAAUAAUACCCCCCUGACCCACACCAUCUGCCCCUCAUCUUCUCCCUAUAGGUUUUAAGUGGAUCUUCACCUGAACCACACUUAGUGCACACUUAAGAGUCUAUCGCAGGACAGAGUCUGGGAUUUGAAUUUGGAGACAUUAUAUUUUAAAGCACACACGCUGCCCACAAAGGCCUUUUUUUCUCACGUCCCUCUCUUGCGGUCAAGCGGCUCACAGCAGCAGUUCUUGGGAAUGCUCUGUAGAACGCAGACCACACCACUGACACGGAUCUCUUUACGGUGUUCAUACACUGCAGUGUAAUAAAACAGCGUUAACCUGGAGACAUGCUCUGCAGGGCAGCUGAGCUUCCAUACUAAUGGACAUUGAGCUCUGUGCUCAGAUCUUAAACCUUGACGCUUUACUGCGUGGGUUUUUUGGGUUGGUGUGUCGUCCCCCACUCCCUACAUUUGCGGGGAUUCAGAGUGGUGAGGCUCGUUUUUUUUCUGAGCUGUUUUCGCUCCAUUCCUUCAGGUUGAUGGCUGAGUAUUGCUGCUCUUCUGACAAAAGGGGCGUGUUCCUUUUGUUUCUCUAACCUCCCGCUCUGUGAUUGGCCUUCAGAUGUCACUGCGUGGCUUCCAGACCAAUCAGAGGAAUGCCUAUUGGUGUGGCCAGAGAAAAUCUUGCUCUUACUUCCUUUGCCACACUUUUCCAGCUAUCUAGGUUCUGUCACUGCGAUCUUCAUUAACUAAAUGGGAAUUCUGGAGGGAAAAUGUAUUAUUCAGUUAUUUGUACAGCUGCGGAAUUGUGUAUUAUGUAAAUAUUUUGAAUUGUCUUUUUUAAGGUAUGGUCUGUUGUAAAAGUGCCUAACAUAAAUAUUUUUGGAGUGAUUUCUUUUCUUGUGUUUUUAAAAAUGUUUUAUAUGGCAAGCAGUUUGUCUUUCAUUGCACAAUUUAAAAAUAAAUAAGACAUAAGAACAGA